GUUUACGUGUUUGUUUUUGUAGAUUUUUCAAAAAAACCAUUUACCAUUUCAAAAGAUCAAUUAAAAAAUCGUAGCCUUCAACAAGGUGAUUUUUACUAAAUAAUGCCGAUAGAAGUUUAAUUUAAAUUCUCUCUAAAUGGCGAAGGGUGCGACUUCAGAGGUCCCUGGUGCCAUACGGCUCAUGAUUAAAGUUUGGGGUGCCUUUUCUGCUCUUAUGGACAUUGGUUUUGGUAUAUUUGUUAUGAUAUCAGUUACCCCAUUAUGUCUAGCUGCUGGAGCAAUAAUGAUUGUCUCUGGCUUACUUGUAUUGUCAUUUGAAGCACCAGUUAUUUGUUCUAAAAUCAAAAUUGUGGAGGAGACAAGUAAAUGGAUUGAGAAAAACCUCAGAUUUUGGAUCCGUGCUUUUAUUUACCUUUGUUUGGCAUUGUUGCCUUUCUUAAUGUGUCAAGAAUUAUCAACUUUCAUAGGAUGUGGUGCAAUAAUGGUAACGGCCGCAUUAUAUGGUGUUUUGGCCAUUGGAAAGAAAGGUUCUUUACAAUCAACAUCAAAUGAUGAUGAUGUUGAAAUGAAAGAAUCAUUGGUUAAUAAUUCAGAAGAUCCUAAAGACCUUGGUUCUUCCACCUAAUUAAUGGUUAAAUAUGAAAUGCUGGUUUGCUUUCUAAGAUUUCACUAAUUCCAUAAAGCCAAGACAUGUAAAUGCUUAUUUGUCACUGGUAAUCAUAUUAAUAUAGCUCAAAUGUCUAUGAGCUAUGUCCCAGAAGAAAUUAUUUAAUAUACAUAGAAAACAUGCAAAAAUGUUUUAAAAUUAAAAAAAUUCAAAGUAAUUAAUAUAUUACGUAAUGGCCAUGCUAUUGUAAGAUUGGUACAAUAAUGAAUAUGGUGAAAUUUUAUUAUAUAAACAGUUCUAUGCAAA